UCAGUCUAGCGAAAAAUUCCACUAGUAGAUUUCGAGCCAGUAAUCAGCAUAGUUUAGUUCUCGGUGGACACAGGGCACGUAAUGGAGCAACUUAAGCUUGGCGGGGUGUUAAUUUUAGUGUUGGGGUUGUUGGAGUUUGUCCGAUUGGAAGCUGUGUCCAAACUUAAUCCGUAUCCUCCGGUGGUAGCGAUUUAUGGUCCAAGGAAUAAGUUUGUUUGCAAUGGAGUUAUUGUGGAUAAGGGGAGGGUUUUAGUGGCUGCAGAUUGUCUAACGUUCGUGCGCAAUGAUUCUGAAGUUCUGGGAGCUUCAGAAGAUUUCCACGUUGUGAUGGAAACUCACAACAUCGACCUGUUCGAAAAGGGAAAAGCAAUGAGUGGUCACGGGAAGUAUGUAGACACGGCGUUGGAUCACUACGUUUCGGUUGAAAGCUUCACAGUUCAUCCUAAUGCAACGGGUCCAUAUGCUUAUGACGUCGCAAUGCUGGAAGUAACAGAAGAUCGUCCGUUUGAUCGUUCGGCAAUUGCAGAAAUCGUCGAGGAAGAUGUUCGUACGUCAGGCCUGAACAGUGUUGUUCAAAUCUACGGAUGGGGAACCUUGAGUACCGGAGAAUCUAACGAAGAUAAGCAGGAAUAUUUCAAAACCCGAGUCGUCGAAAUGUAUCUGGUGCCAGCGAAGAACUGCUCGGUUGUCGGCGAUGUAUUCUUACUCGAUCAACAUCUUUGCAUGUUUCCUGUAAAUAAUGUUACUAUUUGUGCAGGCUUCAGUGGUGCACCAAUCGUGCUGAAUGGAAAACUGAUCGGCAUAGUCGCUUUUGGGGAUGAAUCCUGUGAUCUUACAUCGCCAGUGAUCGGAACCAGUUUGGAGAUUUUCAAGGAAUUUAUUCUGCCGAAAAGUUGGUUCAGCCAGAUCAUUGAACAUAUGAAAAUCUUUUUCGGUAGCAUCGCGAGCUUUUUCUCUUUUUUCUGAAAGCAAAACCUGAUACAUGGGUGAGGGUGUAGAGCGAAGAACCAGUUUAAGUCUAAAACAGUGUAUGUGCGUUAGACUAAAUUUCCUGUACUCUAAGGAAGAUGGAAUUUAUGAUAGAAAUAAUGAAAACUAUUUACAUGCUUACGAAGACAUAAACACAUUUUCUUACAAGGUAAUUUAAAUUUUUUACUGAGAGCAGGAGGACUAGCGAAUCAGGUAAAAUAUUUAUUUAAUAAUGAGUGACAGCAAUGAUUAUGAAAUAAAACAUUG